UGGUUUUGUGUCGGGGGACAGUUCCUCUGAGGGAGCCUUUAAACGGGCGCCACGUCACAGAGGCUGCGGCCGGGACAAAGCGCGAGGGCCGCCUCUUAAAGGGGAGGUGUCCGGGCGGCGCGGAGAGCGGGCCGCAGCUUCAUCAACCAGCUGAGACCUCUCCAUGUCCAGGCUGCUUUCCCAUUUAACAAAAAAACUGCUUAGACAAGAGAAAAUUACUCCAGCACAGAUUCAGCCAGUCAAAUUAGUGUUGAAAAGCCAGAGGAGUUAUAUUUUGAUUCCUGAACUUGCUGUUCCAUAUUCUCAAGUCUGGCUUUUUCAUUCCUUUUCUGUACAUUUAGCAGUGAAGCAAAGCCAGAGACUGCGUAUUUUCAACCCAGUUGUUGCGACAUUCUUUUGGGAUCCUAGCUGCCAUUAUUGUACAUAUAAAGCAGGGAUGCCCGUGCAGCGAUACUGUGUGGAUUAUGCCAAACGUGGCACAGCUGGCUGCAAGAAGUGUCGGGAGAAACUCCCAAAAGGACUAGUGCGAAUUGGGAGGAUAAUGCCAAAUCCCUUCUCUGAGGGAGCUGAGAUGAAAGAAUGGUACCACGUCAAAUGUAUGUUUGAAAAGCUGGAACGUGCUCGAUUAAGUACGAAGAAAAUUGAUGACUUAACGGAUCUGGAAGGCUAUGAGGAACUUCAGGACGCAGAGAGGGAUCUGAUCAACCAGCACAUUAAAGAACUUGCAAUCAAGAAUGGCUUGCUUUCUUCAAAAAUCAAGCCCUCCCCGAAUAAGCCGACCACAGUGACUCCAGUCACUCCAUCACCACGCAAAUUUUCUGGUUUCUCAGCUAAAGUGGGAUCUCCUGAAGAAGAGCCUUCGACCUCCAGCAGUGCUCUGUCAGCUGGUGCAUGUGACCCAAAUCACAAAGAUUGCUCUCUGCGGGAAUUUCGAAAACUUUGUGCAAUGAUCGCAGAUAAACCAAGCUAUAAUACUAAAACACAGAUCAUCCAGGAUUUCCUCAGGAAGGGGACUGGUGGAGAUGGAAAAUUCCAUGGAGAUGUAUACUUAACCAUAAAACUACUAUUGCCUGGUGUGAUAAAGACCGUUUACAACCUAAAUGAUAAACAGAUUGUCAAACUGUUCAGCCGGAUAUUUAACUGCAGUCUGGACGAUAUGGUGCGAGACUUGGAGCAGGGGGAUGUCUCGGAGACUGUACGCAUCUUUUUUGAAGAGAGUCAGACUUUCCCGCCAGCCCAUAAAAGUGUUAUGACAAUUCAGGAGGUCGAGGCAGCUCUCACCCAACUGUCCAAACUGACUAGGGAAGAAGACCAACAAAAGGAGCUCCAGAAUAUUGCUGCAAAAUGUACAGCCAAUGAUCUGAAAUGCAUUAUAAGGUUGAUCAAGCACGAUCUAAGAAUGAAUUCUGGAGCAAAACAUGUGCUGGAUGCCCUUGACCCCAAUGCUUAUGAUGCAUUCAAAGCCUCACGUAAUUUGCAAGAUGUGGUUAACCGCGUCCUCCAGAAUCAACAGGAAUCUGAACAAGUGCCAGGUUUGAAGAAGAUUCUUAGCAUCAAGGCCAACCUUCUAACCCCCGUGCAGCCUAUGCUGGCAGAAGCUUGCAAAUCAAUUGAAUAUGCCAUGAAGAAAUGCCCAAAUGGAAUGUAUGCAGAGAUCAAGUAUGAUGGAGAGAGAGUUCAAGUACAUAAAAAUGGGGACACCUUCCAGUACUACAGCAGAAGCCUGAAACCUGUGUUGCCACAUAAAGUUGCCCAUUUUAGAGAUUUUAUCCCCAAAGCUUUCGUCGGAGGUGACAGCAUGAUUUUGGAUUCUGAAGUGCUGCUGAUUGAUACACAGAGUGGAAGACCACUCCCUUUUGGAACACUGGGUGUCCAUAAGAAAGCUGCUUUCAAGGAUGCUAAUGUUUGCCUUUUUGUCUUCGACUGCAUUUAUUUCAAUGGCGUCAGCCUCAUGAACAGACCAAUCAGUGAGCGAAAGCAAUUCCUUCAUGACAACAUGGUUGAAAUCCCCAAUCGGAUCAUGUUUUCCGAGAUGAAGCAUGUGACCAGGGCCUCUGAUUUGAGAGAGAUGAUCAACCGAGUUAUUCAAGAGGGCCUGGAAGGACUCGUACUGAAAGACAUUAAGAGUCUGUAUGAACCAGGCAAACGUCACUGGCUGAAAGUGAAGAAGGACUACCUCAAUGAAGGUGCGAUGGCUGAUACUGCAGACCUUGUGGUGCUGGGAGCAUUCUAUGGGCAAGGGAAUAAAGGUGGAAUGAUGUCCAUUUUCUUGAUGGGCUGCUAUGACCCUGAUUCUUCACAGUGGUGCACAGUAACCAAAUGUGGAGGCGGCCAUGAUGAUGCGACAUUGGCACGCUUACAGAAUGAACUGGAUAUGGUGAAAAUAAGCAAGGAUCCAAGCAAGGUACCAGCUUGGUUAAAUGUCAGUAAGAACUAUACGCCCGACUUUAUUGUCAGAGAUCCAAAGAAAGCACCAGUGUGGGAAAUCACUGGGGCUGAGUUUUCUAAAUCUGAGGCGCACUCUGCAGAUGGCAUCUCAAUUCGGUUUCCACGGUGCACACGUAUUCGUGAUGACAAAGACUGGCAAACAGCUACUAAUCUUCCUCAACUCAAGGAAUUGUACAGGGUUUCAAAAGAGAAGACUGAUAUUGUUGUGACUUCUGGGAAAGAUGAUGAUGAGUGGUCCUCUGGUUCAUCAAAACUGACGUCACAGGGUUCAAAAGCUGCUUUCAAAUUAUCUGGGAAGAAAAUUAAGAGCCAAGAAGCUAACCAUACUUCCAAAAAAUCACCACCUGUACCUUCAGAUUCAUCAGCAGCAAGGGGGGUGAAGCGGAAAUUACCAGCAGUUGAACCAAAUGGAAAGAAGAUCGCAUCACCCAUAACUGAAAAGAGUAAUGGCUCCUUGCUUUCCAGCCCAUCUACGUCAUCUUCUUCCAACCAGACCCUGAUGAACAUAUUUACUGGAGUAAAGCUUUAUUUGCCCACAUCAGUGCAAGAUUACAGCAAACUCCGCCGAUACUUCAUUGCAUAUGAUGGUGACCUGGUUACAGAAUAUGACCUGGCUACAGCAACGCAUGUGGUUGGUGAAACAAAGGAUAAUACACACGCGUCAAAGGUCUCUGUGAAUUGGAUCUGGGAGUGCAUCAAGAAAAGGAGACUGGUCCCACCGUGCUGAGAGAUAUCACUCUAUGGUUUUUCAGCUCAAAAGUGGUAAAGAUCUCAAAUUUGAGAUUUAGGUACUUAUCCCACGAAAUUUUAGACUUAUAAUUAGGACUUCAUGGGAAUGAAUGAUACUAGCACAUUGGAAUUCUCUGCUUGGUAUCGUGUAUACAUCUGUAGACUUGCCUAGUUGGAAGAACAAUGCAAAGAGAUUAUGAAAGUCUUUUCACUUUACUUAAUACCUUUUUCUGACAAAUAGAUAAUUCCUGUACUGUGGUGCUGCACCUCAUUGUAUUCAAGAUAAUGGGAAUGUGCAUUCCAAUCAAUAGGGCUUACGGACACUACAUUACAGAACAAAGUAUGAAAGGACAACUUCUCAAAGAGUGUUGGUUAGUGUUUAACCUGGAAAAGAAAAAUAUUGUAUUUUAUUUGUGUUUAAGUUAUCCAGUGCCCCUAAAGUCCAUCAAUUUGGAAUAACUUUUGAAAAUAUAAAUGCAUUUGUAUAUAAUGAGCUUUUGAUUCUUGAGCUGUUUUUAAAAAAAAAUGAAACAAGACAUGGUGGAAGAUAAAGAUUCAGGUAAAGCUUUACAAAAUAUAUAUUUUCCUCUCCUCAGUCCAAUGCACUGUUGGAUGUGCUGCUUAGUCAUCUUCCAGUAAUUGAUCAUUGGGUCUUUUGCGACAUUUGUUGGUCUCAAUCAAGUUGGGGAUAUCAUAAAUGGCAUCAAUCUUACUGGGCCUGAGCCCUUCCUGCUCUUGAUCACUCCACUGUUAUCCCUGCAGGCAUUAAUUAAUGAUUUGGUUGUGAUUUCUUAACCAGUGAUGAAGGAACAUCAGGACACCUGGAUGAGAAAUGUGUGGAAUCAUGCUGUGGUGUGACUUGAUACCUGCAAGGGAUGAUGUGGUGCAAGUCAGAGAAAUGGGAAAUAAUUUCUCAACUUCUUUGAAUAUUUUAAAUUUAUUUCCCAGUCCAGCCUAUGAGCUACAGUUUACUCCAUUUGGACUGACAAGGGCUUAUAUUAGUGUUGGAUUUCUGUCACAGUAUUCCAGCUUAGGCAAUCCAUCAGGCAAUCCCUUAAAUUAGGUUGAUUUUAAGUUACUCUUACACUACUACCACUUACUUCAACCACCAACUCCACAACAACCUUCCAAUCAUAAUCUAACAGGUAUCCAGUGAAAUUCCAUUUGCAAUAAUAUAAAUAAGAAUUUGGGCAGGGAUUUCGGGCAAAUGUUCCAAAUUUCUUCUCCUUUCUUCCCAUUCCUCUUAUUUGACUAAGUUUUUCCCUCAGAGUUUGUCUAAGGGGAGUGAUUCUUGUGUCCCCAUGGUGACGUGUGUUUGCUGACUAACUUUGCAAAAUUCAAAAUGUAUUUUGUUUUUAACCUGUUCAAACUUCAAGUAAUUGUUUUUUUUACCAUCUUCUGGGUUAUUGGGAGGAUCAGCAUGUUGUGAACAAUUGGUGCUGCCACAUCUGUAAAUAGUGUACUUUUCGAAACAAAACAGUCAAAACCAACUUGUCACCUCUUUGCGGAUGUGUUUGAUAGUGCCAAUGAGGGGCCAAGUUAGGAAUAAAAAUAAAUUUGGGAAGUGACUUCUCUGCAAA